UUGCCAAUUAGCACAAAUUAAUGGUGUUCUCACACUUCUUCUCCUUGCCUACACUUGUCCCGUUCCUCUUCUUUAUCUUCAUGGUAUUUAGGACAUGGAAGAAACCAAGAACUAAAGCUCUGGUUACCACAGAUUUGCCCCCGGGGCCUUGGAAGCUACCCAUCAUAGGAAAUCUGCAUAAUUUACUUGGGUCUCUACCACAUCACAGACUUCAAGACCUCGCCAAGAAAUAUGGACCUCUUGUGCACCUUCAACUUGGUGAAGUUACCACCAUAGUCAUUUCUUCCCCAGGAAUUGCAAAAGAAGUCAUGGCAACCCAUGAUAUUAUCUUCGCACAAAGACCCUUUAGCCUUGCGUCAAAUAUAAUCUCUUAUGAUUCCACAGACAUUGCAUUUGCACCAUAUGGAGAGUAUUGGAGACAGAUCAGGAAAAUUUGCACAUUGGAGCUUUUAAGUGCUAAGCGCGUGCAAUCAUUCGGAUCAAUCAGGGAAGAAGAGGUAUCAAAUCUAGUGAGUAGAAUUUCUUCUAAUGCAGGAUCUGUGGUGAACCUUGGCAGGAUGUUGAUUUCUUUCACAUAUUGUGUAACUUCAAGGGCAGCCUUUGGUAGAAUAAGGGAAGAGCAAGAAGCAUUUGUACAUCUUGUUAAAGAAUUAAUGGCAGUGUUGGGAGGUUUUAGUAUUGCCGAUUUAUUCCCAUCAAUUAAAGUUCUUCAAAUGGUUAGUGGGAUGGGAGCUAAAGUGAAAAGGUUGCAUCAGGAAGCUGACAGGAUACUCGAAGAUAUAGUUAAUGGUCACAAAGCCAGAAAAGCUGUGGUUAAGAUUGCUGAUGAGGUUGAUGAUGAUCUUGUAGAUGUUCUCCUGAAGCAUCAUGAUCCAGAAAACCUCGAGUUCUCUUUAACAAUUGAGAACAUUAAAUCAGUCAUCCUAGACAUUUUCGUUGCAGGAAGUGAGACUUCAUCUACAGUCGCAGAAUGGGCGAUAUCAGAGAUGCUAAGAAACCCAACAGUGAUGGAAAAGGCACAAGCAGAGGUGAGGCAAGUAUUCAGGGGAAAAGGCCAUGUUGAAGAAGCAGGCCUUGGAGAAUUAAAUUACUUGAAAAUGGUUAUCAAAGAAACUCUAAGAUUACACCCUCCUCUUGCUUUGCUACUUCCAAGAGAAUCUCGAGAGGAAUGCGAGAUUAGUGGACAUCGGAUACCCAUCAAGACCAAAGUGAUUGUUAAUGCAUGGGCUAUCGGAAGGGACCCAAAUUCUUGGAUUGAGGCUGACAAAUUCAAUCCAGAAAGAUUUUCUGAUAGUACAAUAUAUUACAAGGGAGCUAAUUUCGAGUUGAUCCCCUUUGGCGCCGGAAGGAGGGCUUGUCCUGGAAUAGCAUUUGGCAUGGCUAAUGUCGAGAUUCUACUUGCAAAUUUGCUGUAUUAUUUUGACUGGAAACUCCCCAUUGGAAUGAAGCCAGAAGAACUAGACAUGGCAGAGUCUUUUGGAGCAGUUGUCGGAAGAAAAAAAGACUUGGAGUUGCUUCCUACUCUCUGCCAUCCUCUACCGUCGGCAUAACAAUUCCAAGGAGGAUGAUUUUGUCUACUGUGAGUAUUUGAAAUAAGAAACUGUUAACUGCAUUUCAGAAACUGUUCUUUCUGUUUUUGCUAGUAUUGAGUUAAAAGAAAUUUUACAAAUUAUUGACCAAAUCAGAGUAUUUUUAGCCAUGCAGUGGGAGAUGAAAUUUAAACAUUUCCAAUCAUAGUGGUGGUAUUGUUUUCACUGAAUUUUAGCAAAAUGCUCAAAAACAAAUAUGCAGAAAGGAAACAGAAAAUGAGAUUGCUGAUUACGUCAAGAGAUCUCAUGUUAGUUGAAAACUUCUUCAGGAAACAGAAAAUGAGAUUGCUGAUUACGUCAAGAGACGUGUUAGUUGAAAACUUCUUCCAUUAUUGGAUAAACACAGUCCACCCUGUUUGCUUAAUUUAAUUAUUCGUAAAAGUAGACUUUGCUUUUAUAAACAAUAAUAUUAUGGUAGAAACUCUUGAAUAUGUGGAAAUAAUAAUGACAUGAUUGCAUGUAAAAUACCAAGUAAAAGCCACCCCUAUCAAAUG